UACCGUACACUCAAAAGUGAAAUUUCGCUUCGAAACUAUCGAACCAACUCGAGCAUCGAUGGCAUCAUCAUGUAUCUUUACUUGAAUCCCGUGAAGGAGAAGAUUCCUAUCUUUUUACCAUUGUUUGCUAAGAGAAUUUGGGGAUCAAAUUCACUAUAUGUUUGUCGAUAUGUGUCAAGUACUUCGGACGGGGAGCCCAAGGCCAAGACCAGGAGUUUGCCCACUUUGCAAUCUGAACAUUUGAGAGGAGAUCACAGCAGCACCAGUGAACCUAUCAGACUUGGGAUAUGUCGUCUAGCAAGUGGAAAGCUACAAGUCGUAAGCAGCGCAUCUAACCAAGGUUUCCAGGAAAGAGGUGGUCGGUCCUGGAGUAAAACCAAUCUAAUUCAAAGAAGAGAGAGCUCUCUGAUGUUUGCUACAGCAAGCAAGCCGUCAAGUCUCAUUGUGUUCGAGAAUGCAGAGAAUGGCUCUGAAGAUAAACAUGCUUCCACAUGCUCUCUUAACACGGACAUUAACUGCAACAGAGCAGAACAGUCGUCCAACACUGAUCAUGAAGAGCUCCCUCUACUGUUCUCGCUUGACAAGAGCAACUACGAAGAAGCCCUGAACACUAUUGGUGCAGCCAGAGAUGCAGGGAGUCUGUGCCAGUCUGCAGCCGCCCAACUCAAAGACAUAUGCCACCAUCUUCACAUGGAAGAUGCAAUUUUGGCAGCUGCCAAGCCAUGUGAAGACAUAGUUGAUGAUAUUAUCAUUAGAAAGAAAUAUUCUCACAUUGGAACUUACAAACAUGACUACUCUCUCUUCAUUCAAGCUGGCGACUCAGGCAAGCAAUCUGUCUCGCCAAAGGUCAACAGUGAAAAGCCAAAUCCAUCUGAAGCAAAUCUUCCAGGACAUCUAACACCCGGUUACAAUCAUUUAUCCCCGUUAAAAGCAGAUCAAUCCACUUCUCAGCAGGUAGAAAGUUUAUCUGUGCUAUCUGGGAAUGUGGGCAUCGCAAAUUAUAAUGAGGAGAUGUUGCCGCUGCUUCAAUGUGUAGGUGAGAAUGAGCAGAAUCCUGAUGAUCCUGCUUCAUCAGAUGGGCCUAGUAAGGAGCAGCUGGCUUACAUGCACCUUCGUCUGUCAGAGGAAAUGCCAAGAUUCUUUGAACAAUCCCAUGACUAUGGAUUGUAUGCAGACACUGUUCAUUUUGAUAACCGCAUCAUGAAAGUCAGAACAAGAGGUCUAUCUGCCUACAAAGCCACUGUGCAGUCUUUGAAGUAUCUGAGUACAGCCUGUCUGACCAACUCACAGAUGGAGGUGCUUCGUAUCACCAUGGAAACCGAGCAGCAUUACAUCCAAGCAAGAUGGCGUAUCAAAGGAGUGCCCUUACACAGCUACAUCUUAAGACCCUGGGGAAAGAAACACAAAUAUAGAUACUUUGAUGCAUUUUCUACAUUUCAUGUUGGUAGUGAUGGACUGAUUCACAGCCAUGUUCUAGAUAAGGUGAUGCCAAGUUCUGAGGGCAAGGUCGUUGCAGCGUCAUGGGCAGUUAGAUUAGGAAUCAUGAUGGGUUUAAUAAGACCACCAGCCUUUGAACCAGACAUCAUGAAGGCCAUCACUCACAUGAAGUCACUUCUUGGCAAGUAGCAAGUCUUGGCAGGAUCAUCAGCCCAUGAAAUACCGGUAGACAUCAUGAAAGCAAGUCCUUUCUUGGCAAGUAGCAAGUCUUGGCAGGAUCAUCAGCCCUUCAAAUAGAUAUCAUCCUGAAAGCAAGUCCUUUCUUGGCAAGUCAUUGAAGAGAGAGGCAUUGCGAAAAUCAUCCCUUAUUUGAAGUUACUUCCUGGAAAAAAACUUUU